AUGAGAUUUGAAGGUGAAGAAGCUCCAGAGCAGAGGUUUACUGGAACAGUAGUUGGUAUUGAAGAUGCUGAUUCGAGGAGGUGGCCACAAUCGAAAUGGAGAUGUCUAAAGGUGCUUUGGGAUGAAACGUCCACAAUAUCUCGACCAGAGAGGGUUUCUCCUUGGGAAAUAGAACCUUCUCUUUCUCCUGCUGCCCUUAAUCCAAUUCCUGUGCCCAGACCAAAACGACCUCGAUCAAAUGUCUUGCCCGUUUCCUCGGACUCUUCUGUCCUUACAAGGGAAGAUUUGGCUAAGAUGACAGUAGACCCUUCACCAGCCAGUGGGUUUCCAAGGGUCUUGCAAAGUCAAGAAUUGUCGACCUUGAAAGGCACUUUUGCAGAGAGCAAUGAAUCAGAUUCUUCUGAAAAGCCAAUGUUAUGGCCACCUUCAUUAGAUGAUGAAAUGAUUGAGCAUGUUUCCUCUUCAAGAAGAUGUGGGUUGGAUAAGUGGUUACCUUUAGGAAGGCCAGAGUCGUCAUUCACAGAUCUUUUAUCAGGUUUUGGAUCACAAAAUAAUUUGUCGCAUGAGUUCUCUUUGCCUUCGGGUAAUACUGCAGUUUCCAAGCGACAGGUACAAGAGCGUGAAGGGAAGUUCCGCUUAAUUGGGAAUGCGUGGUCUAUGAUACCUUCUUGUCUCUCUCUUAAUUUGAUGGAUACUGGUACGAAAACUCAUGGACAAGGUCCUGAUGCUUCCUAUCAUACACAAGGCGAUAUUAGACAAAUUGGUGGAUUGGGAGAAUGUUCUAUGCUUCCUGAUCAUAGAGAUGGCAAUCAACAUGUAAAUUGGUUGAUGCCUCCACCUAAUUCACCGUAUCUUCAAAUGAUGCCUGGUCAAUCAAGAGAACUGCAGCCAAAUUCUGUAUUUGCACAACAUGACACCACAAAACCCAAGGAAGGUAACUGCAAGCUCUUUGGUGUUCCCCUUAUAAGUGGCUCUGUUCCAACGGAGCAAGAUCUGUUGCACAUGAAUGCAGUAAUUGAAACAAGUCGCGUAUAUGGCGGGAUGCAUUCUCAUCAAUCCCCCGCGUUAGCUUCUGAUCAGAGGUCUGAUCAAUCGAAGGGCUUAAAGAUGGCAGAUAAUCCAGUUACAAGUGAGGAGGAUAAACAUUUUCAAACUUUCCAUCCAGUUGCUAGAGAGAGGGAAGGCAAAGGUGUUUCUGGUUCAACAAGGAGUUGCACCAAGGUUCAUAAGCACGGGACUGCCCUUGGUAGGUCUGUCGAUCUUGCCAAGUUCAACAACUAUGAUGAAUUGACUGCUGAAUUGGAUAAUAUCUUUGAAUUUAAUGGUGAACUCAAGGCUCCAAAUAAGAAUUGGCUUGUAGUUUAUACUGAUGACGAAGAUGAUAUGAUGCUUGUUGGAGAUGACCCGUGGGAAGAAUUCUGUGGCAUGAAGGCUUGGAUGCUAAAGAAACGAAGAAUUUGCCAGUUGCUUCAGACUCAAGCCCAGAGAAUUACUAAUAAUCCUCGUUUAUGUAUUUUGUCCAUCUAG